GAAAGUGAAUCAGUCCACUUUCUUUCUUACAUUCUCGAGCCGUUCCGGGCGUCACAGACUGACCCUCCCGAGUCCCGUCUCAAACCCUUGCCGCCGGUCGCCUCGAGUCCCGUCAAAGCUCCUCUCCAUUCUCCGGUCACCGUUGUGCUGCACCAUCGCCUUGCGCUACCUCCUCUUUCCUCUAUUGCCUCGCUUCCCGCUCUGUUCCCUAGGGUUCUAAGGACUCGCGGAACCUGCAAAAACAAGAUGUCAGAAAGAGACGGAAUAGGGUUGCACGAAGACAGCGAGGCCAUGGUGACAGAAUUAACUGGACUGGAAAUCACUGUUGGAGAGGCAAAGAAACGGAAAAGGAGUUCGAGCAUGGUGCGCCGUGACGAUUGCCAGGUUGCCGUCGGGGAAAGACUCUACAAGAGAGUAUUGUUAUCACUAGGCAAGCCAUCGUAUGUGCUUGGACUUUCCGCAAACAGCUUGCGACCUGACAACCGUAUCAAACUCAGAUUGAUCUUGAAGAAGUUGGUGAGGCAGCACGAUUGGGUAGCAGCAAGUGGAGUGCUGAGCGUGUUGUUGAACGGGACGCAGAAAGAGAGCUGUCCUGCCGCAAAUCGGUUCAAGUAUUGGGUCUUCAUGAAGCUUGUUCAGCAUAUGGAGGGUGAUUGUCUAAAUGCUACCAGUAUCGAUCGCGUGUUUAGUGCGUGGAUGUCAAGGAUAGGUAGUAAUGGAUCACAUCGAAGAAGGUCUGGUUCUAUGGAAGAGGAUCGUAUUGCUGUUCAAUUGGAGUCUAUCCUUUUGCAUUUUAGGCAAGGGGACGUUGAGGGGGAACUCAACAACGCUACAAGCUUAGUGCAGGAGUACAAAUUUGAGAGUUACCCAAUGUUCAACAUGAUUAUUGGCAUGAUAUUUUAUCAGUUGUGGUACUCUAGCAUUUCAGAAGAUAUGCAACUCGAGGACUCGAAUCAAAUGUAUUGUACUAUCCCUUCAGACAUGGAAGCUUGCCAUCCAAAUUCAGUUGUAGCUUCAGGGUUUGUUAGUGACAUUGGUGGCUCUGAGGGAUGUAAUUCAGUUUUCAGUGAUGACGCUAAUGUAUCUUUAAAAUGUGGGUCAGAGACAUCCAUCAUGCAACAUAAACAAGUUUUUGCUGGCAAUGGUAUGAAUUUGGAUGAAGAAAAGAUUCAUACAGAAGAUGAUGUCAAUCAGUUCAGCAAAAGUUACCCUGGGGACUUCCAGCAUAGGGGCCUUUAUGCCAAUUCUGCUGAUGAGGUUUCCUCUGAUCAUCAUGGGGAAUUUGGCUUGCCUAUCCUUGGGAAUCUGGAUCUUUGGUUGAGGCCAUUACAAGCUGAUGAUAGUGAGUUGGAUCAAGUCAUCCGGGAUGGUCAAUACAAUGAAGCUGUGAAGUAUUUAUCGAGAGCUGCAUCCUCAACUCCACCUAUACUGGCAGCCUUACUUCCUUUAGUUCAGUUGUUGCUGAUAAGGUAUGACUGUAAAGAGGCUCUAGAUAUGCUGGAAAACUUCUGUGACAACUCAAGCGCCUCACUUCCCCAUAGACUGAAGUCCUGUAUCUUGGAGCGGAUUGAUCCGAACAAUGCUGUCUUGCUGUCAAGAUGCUAUGAGGACACAUUAAAGAGUGAUCCUACAUGUAACCAAUCAUUGGCAAAGCUUGUGAGCCUACAUCAUCAAGGAAUCUAUGAUUCGGCAUCCCUACUGGAAAUGAUAGCUCUGCAUUUAGAAGCCGCAACCGGAGAAAAGAGUACCUGGAAGGAGCUGGCUUUAUGCUUUCUCAGAGCGUCUCAACAAGAAGAGGAUCAAAUGUCCGGUAUCCAUGGGAAUGGGAGCGAAGUUCCAAAACAACAUUCCAUUAGUUUUCCUAGGGUUCCCAGUUUCCUUAUAAAUGGAGUAUCCGGAAAGUCAUGGAGACUAAGAUGUAGAUGGUGGAUGAAUAAGCACUUUAGCAAGAGCAUGCUUGCAUCCGAAAUCAACGCAGGUGACGCGCAGAUCGUAGCUUACAAAGCAGCUUGCGCAUCUCAUAUGUACGGGAGUGAGGCCAAAUAUGUUGUCGAAGCUUUUUGUUAUGUACGUAAACAGAGUGAUAGAGAGUCGAUUUUGUUCUUGAAAGAGCACAUGCGAAAGGCCAUAGGACUUGAUCAGACAUUUUCAGCCAAGAACUUGAAAAAGUAAAGGAUCUAAUAUAUAAUACAUAUUAGUCUCCAGGACAUUUGUUUCUUCUCACUCGAACCCUCUCACCAUUGAAGUGGAUGUACUUCCAGUCAGGCAGGUAUCUUUGCAGAACCAACUUCUGCUUCUCUUUGUCCCCUAACAUCUUGAAGGCACGAGCCACUUUCCUUACUGUAUCUUCAUCAGGCCGUAUGCCCAGCUCCUCCAUAUCCGCAAACACCUACAACAAUCAAUCACAAUUCCGGCCAUACGAUUUCUGUUGUUCUCGAUACAAUCAGAAAGCAUGCAACACAUCUGUUUAUUCACUGGGUAUUAGAUAGAUACCUCUAUCAUCCCAUUUUGCUUAUCGUGGUGAUCAUAUAGAGAAAUCAUCCUCGCAAACAAGCGUUUUGGAAUCGAGCGCUGGUGUAUAUGCAAUACCAUGCCCCAUAGUGUUUCUGCUUCAUCGACUCUGCCAUCCAUGUCGAACGCCAGCAGAAGGGUGUCGUACGUUCCCAUUGUGUCUCCUUGACCCUUGCUCAACAUCCACUUGGCAACUUGAAUUACACGCUGCCACUGAGCCUUCUUCCUCAGUAUCUGUAAAGCUUUAGCAGCUGCAAUUAGGGGGAACUCCGUCUCCCAAGCUGUCCACUUAUCCAAUGCUCCAUAAACAGCCUCUUUCUCAUUGGGAAGUUCGGAAACAAUUCUAACAAGAUUGAGAGCCUUUGUUCCGGAUCCAGCCGAAUCCCUCUUCUUCCACAGCUGUUGAUCUCUGUUCUUCACUUUCUUGGUUAUUUUCCUGCACUCUGAUCAGCUCCAGAAUCAACUCUACCCGAGAUACUGCAACGGAUUCGAAACUCGCAACUUGAAAUUGUAGAGAUGUGGGACGGUGGCAACCAAUUUGGCCUAGCAGGCAUAACCAUGGAGCUCGAAAUUGCAUAUACAGCGCCUGGAUUCAUCUUUAAUCUGAGUCAGAUAGGAACACAAUUCUGUACACUAAUCAUUUAUCGAAAACCCAGUUGCUACGUUAUUCCACAAAGUCAGGCAACUUCUGGUGGUUUUCCUUUCAUAGUUUUGUUCUUCCUCCCGCCAUUUAUGCUACCUCCGAAUUCACAAUUCUAACGAGUAACUAAUGAGGGAAACAGAAACCCAGAACGGACAAGGAAUGGUAGAGAUUACCUUGGAGCUACAGAAGAGUUCUGGUGAAGGCUGCGAACAGAAGUGCAAGAAGAGGGCGACAGAGACCUGAGAAUGGACUGGAGAAGCAGAACAGACGGGGAGAAGAAGCCAAAGUUGUAGAGGUAGAUAGAAUUGAAG